CGACUUCUUGUCGAUCAUCGAUCGCAAUAUGAUCGUCAUAGAAACAUAAACAAGAUGGCGAGUUCUUCGUCUCUUAUGUGAUACAAAGCAAUUUUGCUCCGAAUCACAAUGGCCCAAACGGAAGACUUGGUAAAUAUGUACUAUAAGAUAAUUUUCACCAAAUAUUGUUUUAAAAUUAUAAAGAAAAAUUAUCAAUGGAUCGUACAUAAAUCAUGAAACAAUCUGACUUCUAAAAGCCUCUCCAAAAUAAUUAUUUUGCUAUUCAAUUCGAUACAUGCACAGUAUAAGCCUUCCCAGCUCAGUAGAAGAUGGAUUUGGAAAGACGACACAAACACACUGGAACCAGUAAGGUAAGAUAGUAGAGACUAAUAAUAUAUAUUUUAUUCGCUAUGAAAUUUAUUUUCCCCACAGUUUCGAAGGGACGUUGAUGGUGAUCUCAUUAACUUGGACUGGUCCAAAUUGACCAUCGCAGAGGUUGCAAUUAAAUCAACGAGAAGGAAAAUGGCACGAAAUAUAGAUCCGGAGAGGAUGUAACAUGAAUCCUUUAUAUGCACAUCUUUACUGCUGUGGUAUCUCUCGAGAAUGUCCUGAAUAAAACUACCAUUGAAUCUAUAAAGCGUCACCGUAUUGAGAGGGCACCCUGUAUUAAGCGGUCAGUCGUCAAAGUCCCGAAUUUUUUUACCUAAAUCACCAUAAUUCAGAUGAAUUAUAGUGAUUUAACACUAAAUUACCCUGUUAGACUCUCACACCUACGUAGCACCACAGUUUCAUCUCAUUGUCCUCAACCUGUACUGAACAGUCACUAAAAGCAGGGCCACUCAAAUCAAACUAAGAAUAAUCUUUGAAGUAAUUUUUAAUCCGUACUUCUCUCCCAAAUCAAAGUAAGUAGUACUUUCGAGCAAGAUUCUGCAUAUGAAGUGGUCAAUUAUGGCAUAUGGGGUGGCCCUUCAUUCAUUAGCUCUGAUGAGGGGCCAACAUGCAAAACAUUAGCUUUGAAUUAUGUUGCGUUUUUCUUCUGUCAACAGCACUGUUCCUGGAAGCUUUGAUAAAGGUGUUAACUUUCAUCUAGCUGCAAACAAAUCCAAAAGAAGCAAAGGCGGCUUAGGAAUUCACUUUCAAGACCUGAACAAGAAAAAUGAUAGGCAAGGCAAAGCUAAGAAUUAUAGAGUUGUUGAUAAAUUUUUCUUUUUUUCUUGAUUAACCCUUUAACUACCAGAAAUUAUUAGCACAUAACUUUUCCCUGUGAUUACCAUAUUUCCUCGAACAAGUAACCACACUCCUAUAAGCACCCACCAAAAAUAAGUGCCCACCCCCCUUGUUAUAAUUAUGAUAUCAAACAAGCCCCCCCCCUCAAAUAAGUACCCCCACUCCUCCCUCGCUUUCUUAAAUAGUAGAGAUACGAGAAAAAACCUGUCUCCAUUGCCUCUUGAUUUAUAACUUCUAAAUCUUCAACUUAAGCAGAAUCAGUACAAGUCAAAAUUUUUUCUAUGAAUGCCCUCUCCUUCCAGUAGACACCCCCUCUUUUGACAAGUUCUCCUUGUUAGCCCCUUAAGAAAUGUAUAGAGAACAGUGUGGCAGAUAUGUGUACUAAUGUUGAGAUGUAAAGUAGGAGUUGGUCAUGUGAGUUUGUUUCAUACCCAAGGAAGAAGUACACAUCAAAAAAAUACACAGAAAUCACUUAUUCAAAAUGCAGAAUACACAUAUUAAUCAAAGAAAGGUCACUGUUGAGAUUAAUUUCCUUAUUGAUUUUAUUCUUGAGGCUGAAGAUUUUAAUUUUCAUAUGUUCCCGUAACAAAAACAUAGCUCUUUGUUUGUUCCUCACUCAGGGGUACACCAUCAGUCAUGUCCAAAAACUAUGGGGCUACAGGAGCAACAUCUCGUCGUGGCCAGGCAUACCUGUUGGUACAAAGAGCUGGUAACAUGAAAGGUUCCUCACCACGCCCUAGUGUCAAGCCAGCUGCAGCCAAUGAACAUGCAACUGUAACACUGGAUGAUGUCAAGAGUGUUGCAUUAGAUUCUAUGCCAGAUGUUGACCUCCUUCCUCCAGCAUUUCAGGAAUGUUAUAGGUAAAAGUUGCAGGAAACACAGCAGCCCUGUGAAUAAUUGGUUAGAAUGUAGAUUGAAUAGGUCAGGGCUAGAGCUCUGGCUGUGUCAUUGUGCUGAAUUCUUGGGCCAAAAGAGCAUCUUACCGUCCAGGAGUUUAAAUGGGUACUAGUUAACUCUUAAGGAAGCUUAACAAAAUGGUCAGGUGGGAAGCAGCAACUGCCGCUUGCCUAGCUCAAGUUAUAAAGUGCUAGACUGUUGUGCAUGAGGUCAAGGAUUCAAUUUCCAGACUGGACCAACACUCAAUGUCUUAAAAUAACUGCUCAGAAUGUGCUAUCUUUGCUAUGACAUUUGCAAAUGGUUAAACAUGCUAGUCUUCUUGGGUAAGGAUGAGAAAUCAUAGGCAAUGCAUCCUGCAUCUUCUCUGUGCUGUUUAGCAGAUUUUAGAGAACCCAUGCACUUCUCAUAGCAAACAAUUUAGUUCCCAGUGUUGUGGUCUGGCCUUGUUUCAAUGGUUUACUCCUGGUUGCUUCAUGCUAUGGCAACCAGGAUCAGUUUGAUGGCAAUGAUUAGACCAAGUUUUUGUCGCUAGAUUUGUAAGACUCCAUGAAUUGUGGAGAUCCAGUUUGAUUACAGGCUAAAGCUACAAGCUACAAGUAAUAGUGCACUGACCCAAAAAUUGAAUAACAACCAUUUGACAAGCAGUGAUUGAAAUUUGAGGCUUGAUGUGGCCUUAGAAAAUCACAUAUUCAAAUGAAGCACAAAAAAAGAAAAAGAAACUUUCUGGGGGGGGGAGAGAUUUCAGUAAAUGUAUCUAAAUUUCAUAGCUACACUAUACUUGUUUCCAUACUUGAUGAUGCUUGAAGCAUUUGGAAGAUUUGAUUCUUUUUUUUCCAGCUCUGAACAAUUUGAUGAAUUUCAACUGGCCAUUUUGAAUUACUUUGAUGCAUUCUUUGAGAGGAUGGCUAUUGAAAAUAAACCAAAACCAAUGGCAGUGUAAGUGAUAUUGACACUUUCAUAUGAAAGAGAUGGACUUAACAUUCCACUCUAAAAGUUUACAUUACACCUUUCUCUAUGAGUCCAUAAUGUGGCCUUUCCUUAGAUUUACUGAAAGAUAAUGAGUGGUUUGUUGAUACUGAUGAAGCCAAAUCUAUAUUUGCUUGGCUAAGCUAGCUUUAGAAUGAUGUUAGUUUGAGGGCUAUAGAAAUGUUCUAGGUUAGGUUAGAAAAAAUAAGAUUUAAACUGUAAAAUCUUGGUCCAUUUUUUUUUCUGUGAAAUGACUCCUGUGCUGCAGAGAGAAGAAGGAUCUGAGCUGCAGAGAGAAGUAGGAUUGAUAUCAGUAUCUGACAACUUGUUACCAGUCAAUUGAUAACAAGUUAGGGUUAAUGUUGGGUUAGGGGAGGGGUAUGUGGGCAGUUGCCCAGAUACUGAUAUUGAUCCAAGAAGUAACUUAAAAAUGACGCAUCAAAGUGUGAUAUUGGUAAGAUGUAUAUGUAUUUAAUUAUGACAUCCACAGAGUUUACAUGUAAUUAUACAUGCAAUACAUUGAAAAGAAGAAGUAAACAAAGCAAUUGCUAACUUGUAUCAUUUUCCUGUGCAGUGAACCAAGUCUAGCUGAGAGAAAAGCGCUUGCAACAGCUGUCUCCAAACAAGAAUCAGCACAGAGACUUCUAGGACAAUGUUACUGUACACUUGUUCUUGGGCUUGGACUGGAAGAUAAACAUCACAUGGGCUGUGGCAGGUAAUUAUUUCUUGAAGAAAAGAUAAGAAGUAUCAUGUACAUGAAAUUUAAUUUGCAGAAUUUUUUUAUUUGGAUGUUGGUAGUAUUUUCAGUGCUUAGCAGGACCUAAUUUUCAGCCUGAGAUCACCGAAAUUUUUGCUGGGAACUCGCAUGUUUGUGAUUUUCUGUGCAUAAAGAGAGGAUAGAUAGAUGGAAUUUUCUAAUUUUUCAACUUUUUGAGUCAUGUAAUAGGGCACUUCUUGAGAGGUGAAAUAUAGAUGGAAUUCUGUUAGUGAGUCCGAAUUCAUUGAGAACAGCUGACACUUCUGAUUCACUUAUGGAAUGUUCCAUUUGACUGGUAGAUUAAGUAAAUUGUUUUGUGCUGUCUAUCUUGUUUCCUUUUUUUUUUGUGAGAGAUAUUUUUGGGAUCAUGAAUCCUCAAAACCUGCAAGUAACAAAAUGAAGCUUUACAAAGUUUUUAUGCAACACAUUUAUAUGUGAAUCAUGAGAGAGCUCUGGUGUUAGAUUUACUAGGAAAUGUGUCAAGGAAUCAAGGAAGCACUUUAAAUGAUAAUUUUCCAUCUUACUUUCCACCUCAUCUUAUUAUUAGAGGAGGAGGAAAGCAGGUUGGGAAAUUUUUAUUCCCUUUAGGUGAUAUAAUAUGGAAAAAAAACAGGUCCAUGGAUUGACCACCCUGCUUUAUUGGAGUCAACUUAACAUACAUGUAUAUCAGUCUGGGCCCAGUUGUUCAAAAGCUGGAUAAUGCUAUACAACAGAUUAAUCCCUAUCCUGCAAAAAAUUGCUAGCUAUCAAAAGAAUAAAUUGCUAUCCAGCAGAUAUUAGUGUUGGCGAAACUUUCUACUGGAUAGAGAUUUAACCCUUUAACUCCCAGAUCAAAUUUGUAAUUCUCCUUACUGUCAACUACACAAUUCUUAUGUUAGUUAAGAGAAUUUAGUAUUGGAUCAAUUAAGGAUAUUUUUCUUUAUUCUCAUCACUUAUCUGAUUGAUAUUGUGUGGAUAUUGUAAGGAGAAAUGCUGUCUUGGUCACUUAUGGGAGUUAGAGGGUUAACCAGUGAAUAAUGUUAUCCACCCUUCAAACAACCAGGGCAUGGUCUGGAAUAAAUUCCCUCUGUUGUUGUCUCUAACUUGCUGUUUGCUAAAUUUUAGACAACGCAGCUCAUACACAAGCAGAGACAGGGAACUCUAUGAGGUAAGCUCAUUGUUAUAUGUACAGUUAUAAGAACAUGAUUGGUUUCAUUUCAUGCCUGGCCUGGGUUGUUCAAAGACUGAAUAGUGCUGUCCACUGGAUGAAUGGCUAUCCAGGGGAUAAGUGUUCACAAAACUACUGUGUCAGCUGGAUAGCAAUCUAUUCAGUGGGUAGUGCUAUUCAGCCUUUGAACAACAAGGGCCUGGAAAUUUAAGGUUGGCUGGAUCGUUUGGUGCAUUUGUCCACGUUUUUUAUUUCAUUAUUUUCUUAUUCCAAAGGCUCUUUACCCAUUUUCUGCAUAUGUGACCUACAUUGCAUUUAGACGACAACAUUUGGAUUUAAUACAAAAAGAACUGGGAAGGUACGUGUUUCAUUUAACACAAUAGAUAUUUUUAAAAAAAUCAUCAAUAUUUAAGUGACCAUGAUCUCUUAUUAUGAUCACUAUAUCACUGACAUCAUCCUUGUCAUUAUUAUUAUUACUGUCAUUUUCACGGUCACUGUCAAUGUCAAUGUCAAUGUCAUCGCCAUAUCAUUAUUAUCAUCAUAAUCAGCAUCACUAUCAAGAUAAAAUUCCUAUUUUUGUUUAUUUCAGUAUUUAUUCAUACUCAGUUUACCUUUUCUCAUCAGAUUGUUUCGUUCAGACACAUUCAACCCAGCAGGGCGACCCCAAGCAGUUGAAGGUAUUCACACGUGACUUUACAUAACGUGACGUUAAACACAAGGGCACAUUACCGAAAGAAACAUAACGUAAUUGACAUAUCAUAUCUUUUUCUUGUCAGAGGUGUAUGCUAUGGAUCGCCUCAAAGACAGCACUAAGCAGCCGUUAACACCUGCCGAAUAUCGUAGGCUCAAACCGUAAGUGUUUUAAUAUCCUUUUUACAGUUCAACUCACAGUCUAUCAAUUGAUUUCAAGAAAAAGAUUAGUUCGGCACUUCGGACCGAGAGGCCUGGGCUCAAGUCCCGGCCGGAUGACUUUUUAACCCUCCCCUCCAUGCCCUAUUCAUUAUUUUGUCUUACUGCAAAAGAGCUCUCACAGCCCGCCUCGUCUCCCGAGGACAUUUGGAAGGCCACUCCAUCUGCUUUUCUUCUCAUCUCAGCACCUAAGACCCCGGGUGUCUAGGACCCGUGGAUAGAAUUUAUUUCCACACUAACAUAGUUCAAAUGCAUGACAAACUUUCAGAGCUACAGAACAUCAUGUUCUUGAAUUAGUUAAACUGUAUAUGCAAGUGAUUAUCUCCUUGCCAUACUUUACCUCCUCUAAAUAUCGCCAUUGCCUUGAUUGCGCCACAGAAAGCGACCGCCUAUCAAGUCAAUUAUCAAGUAAGUACGAAUUGAAUGAUACUCACAACUUCAUGAUUAAAUUUUAAUUUUAAAACUGAUUUUCUCUUCUUGGUCUUGCAUUAUUACAACUUGACAUUGAAAUUUCAACCAAAAAAAGCAAUUAUGCCCGUGAGACUAGUUGUGACGAGGUUUGUUUUUCUUACAGCCAACGUUCUCCGGUGCUGGUGUCCCUGUUACCGACCUCACAGGAAGCAAGUCCGUGGUUUCUUGAUCGCACCAAAGCUCUUCCCUUGUCGGAAAAGUAAGAUUAUGGUCAUGAAAUUUUCAACUUCUUGCAAAAAGUGACAGAUGGUUGGCUCUGCAUGCAGAAUAGUCGUAAAUGCUACUUCGUUGAAAUGUCAUAGCAGGUGCUAUGUGUGUUCAAAAUGGCAAGGCACGCGAAAACUCACCCCCUUCCUUCCUUCGCUGCCCAAGUAUCCGCGCGCACACUGUGAAAUCACGGUUCGUGUACUAUUUUCAAGCACGCUUCGUUAGAAAUCCGUUUUAAUCUCAUCCAUCCUUGUUCCUGCUUGUUAAGUGUCAUCUCUUGUUCGUGUAUCUAUCUUAAUGAACAAAUACUUGUAGUCUCCUUCGGUAAAUUUUAAAAUAGUUUUGAACUGCAUCUGAAACUGUAUCAAGUGCCACGACGAUGCUCCUUCUUUGCUCACUUGUGACGCACAAAAUGUUCAUUAGAUUAUGAUUCUUGCAGUGAGAUUCCACACGAAGAAGAAAAGCUGGGUCUUAUCCUUCAACCCAAGUAAGUAAAUUCGUGGUAGUUGAUGAUGUACAUGUAAAGAGAAAAUUAUCAGUUCUCAUUUUUCGUAAAUGUUUGUUCUGACAUUGCAGAAAAGAUUAAGCUUUUUCAGAUUUCUUCUUCUUCAAAUUCGAUGGUUUGUCUAUCACUGCCUAAGUUUGUACCAUUCCUUUUGACUGGUAUUCCAAAAUUUUGGAGUUCCAAUUCAAGUCUAUUGCACUCAAAAAAGGUUUCCCCCAUAACUCUUAUUGAGAUUCUAAGAAUUAUGGGACAUGGUUUUUUUAGACUAGUAUGCUGUUAAGAUGGAAUGUGGCAGUAACUGUGACGUCAAGUCAACGUUUUCUUUUCCCUGCAGAGUUGGUAUCAUCGGAGAACCCUUGUCCGGUUUUAAUCCAUUGACUUUGGCACCGUUUGGCGAGGAACAUGAGGAGGAGACUGGAGACGAGGCGGGAUCAAGAAGAAGGUAUAACCUUGAGCGCAUUUUGAUUGGAUGUCGUUUAACCAGAGUCAUCAUAACAGCCAAUUAGAACAAAAGGAAAUAUCAAAGGGAGCCAAUGAGAACUCAAAGUAAAGACAAGGAAACUGCUUGAAGCGCGGGAAACGCGACGGUGGCCAAGUCGCGACUGCUUCUGGUUUUGACUCUGAUUAGUUGACAAAAUCGUGCAAGCUUUCGGACCAAUCAGAGAGCGAAAUAAGGCAAAAGCUAAUAAAUUCCAGAUUACUUUCGACACUUAAUUGAAAAUUGGCAUUGAAUUGUAUCUUGCUUUCUUUAAAAUUCAAACCCUUAGUCUCAGCGCUCCUCUAUGAGCUUACGUCAUUCACGAAGCACUUAUAUUUUACUUACUUUUAGGACGAACUUCAGUUACAGCAGGAGCCCAUUAUCCGAAGCUUCCAUCUUCCAUAUUUACCCUCGGAGUCAACCCUGUCCCGUAUCUUUUUAUUGUUAGAAGCACCUCCCCCGGGGUUUUUCGCGGGUGUUUACAUAAUAGCCAAUCAUAAGAGAGCUGUAGUCCUCUAUUGUUUAUGUCACAUGCAGAGAAUGAAUAGAGGUCAGCCUUCGCCUUUGGCCGCCAUUUUUUUUUUUAGGGUUUUAUGCGAACGUCAGCGUGUUUUCGCGGAAAAUUAAAGAACCCCCUACAUAUCUCAGUUCUAAAAAUAAUAAGAUACGGGACAGGGGUGACUCAAGGGUACAAUUGGUAUGGAGGCUCCGGGUAAUAGGCUCCUGGUUACAGCCAAACUAAACUGCGCUUUUUUUUUUAAUCCCCAUUCAGUUCCAUACCAGGUGAAGCACCUGUAACCCCCAAUCAGGGUAAGUCACCAUCAUCAUCCGCCGCUCAUAAGUGCUGCUCAAUAACGUUGUUUAACCUAUCAGUUAAAAAAAAAUCACAUGAUUUAUGAUAAAAUGAACGUUCAGACCCUCCUCGGGCCGUAAGUUGAGCGAGCUUGUGCAGAGAAGUGACAGAAAUUGUUCAAGGUAAACUCGCCUGGCACUAGUCGUUAUUCAUCUUCAAUGUUUACCUCUUGUCCAAAUAGCAGGAAAUUUGGUCAUUGAAUAAUCGCCUACAUUAGCAAUAGCAAUUUAGGUUCCCAAACAAGUCACAAUUUUGCAAUUUUUUUUCUCACAUUUCUUUACAAAACUCACGAUAAAAAGGGACACGUUUUGUGACACCUGCCAAUCAAAAAUCUUAAUUAUAUUUGACCCCAAUCUCCGACAGAAUUUUGAGAAUGAUCAAAAACACUCUAAUAACACCAUGAAAAAAUAAAAACCAGUGCUUUCGAUUCAGCCAGACCUGAUAAAUGUAGAACACCUUAACUAUUAUCCGUUCGAAAUCCAAUUCUCUCUCUUGCCUUCCUUUUUUUAUCAUUAAUUUUCCGUUUUGAUUCUGAUUUAUACAGGAGCAACCAGCGACGUUGAAGAAGGAGAAUCGGCUGAACAGGAGGAAUGAUAUAAACACCAACUUUUAGUGCAUGUGUCCUGACGUAAAGUCAGAUUGUCACAAGAAAAUCACACACGUUCUGUCAAACACAUUAUUGUAGAUAAAUUGUACAGAGUGCCCAUUCUGUAAUGUAUUUAAUAAAUUUGUUUAAAUUUGUAAUAGCUUUUACUCCCUGUGGAGUAAAAGCUGAUACACUUUGUUUAUUGAACACGACGUGAUUUUCUGUUGUUGUUGCCCCAAACGCAGAUGCUCCUAAUUGUAACAAACCAACAAGCUUGGAAGUCAUUACUCGCUUGAUUCUCGG